AUGUCGACAACGUUUCGUAGGCUCUGGACACAAAGACACUGGUUUGCUAUUCGAAAGAUUGAUGGGGUUUGCUAUAAUUUGGACUCGAAGCUUGAUGUUCCGAUGCCAUUUGACUCGGAUACUGCAUGCUACGAAUUCUUACAAGAGUUAGUCAAUACUG